AUGGGAGCGCGGAGGAAGUGGCAUGGUGACCAGGGCAGGGAGGCGUACGAGGAGGGUCUUGCUAGCUUCUUCACAAGGUUUCCGAUCGGGUUCAAGGAAGUGGAACUGUGGAAAAUUUUCCAAAAAUAUGGAAGCGUUAAAGAGGUUUUCGUAGCCCAAAGGAAGAACAAAUGGGGAAGGGAAUAUGGCUUCGUGAGGUUUGCGGGUGUCACGGAUGCCAUGGCGUUGGCAGAUCAGCUGGAUAAGAUCGUCAUAGGCAAUAAUAAAAUGCAUGUCAAUAUACCCAAAUACCGGCGGUGGGAAUGGAGAAGAACAGAGCAUAAGGCAAAGACUGAAAGAAAUGGAGGUAAGCAAAGGCACUACAAACCAAACUUCGUGAGCAACGGGAAGACAUAUGCACAAGUGUUAAAACAAAAUGGUGGGAGGAACCAAGUAUGGAAGGAAGUCAGAGAUGGAGGCGUGGAAAAGGACGACGAACAGUGGAAGGGGUACGAUGUCAAAGUAGAAGAGAAAAAUAACGUGUGGCUAGAAAGUAGUUGGGUGGGGAGGAUGCUCGACCUGUCCCUAUUUGACAAGAUACAAGAGACGGUUGUUCCAUAUGAGUCACGAGAUAUAAAGUUAAGGUAUUUAGGGGAUGACUUGGUACUUAUAACAGGCUUAGAUGAAGAAACGAUUAAGGAGAGGUUACAUGAAGAAGAUGGUUGCCUAUCUAUGUUGCACUCUAUUCAAAAGUGGAGCCCGGAUGUAGCUGUAGGAAAUAGAAUGGUCUGGGUUCGUUGCUAUGGAGUUCCACUCCAAACAUGGGGAGUGGAGGUUUUUUCAAAGAUUGUGAGUAUACAUGGGUCCUUCAUUAAAUUGGAUGAUGACACAAGCAACUUCCAUAGGCUGGACUAUGCUCGGAUCCUUAUUCAAUCAUCAGACUCAAAGCCAAUCCAUUUUAGCGACACUAUGCGUGUAAAUGGGCAUAUACGUCGUGUCUCCAUCAUUGAAGAAUUUGGUGCGCAGGUAGCUACGUGUCAUUGUUGGAAAUGGGAAAAUAACUAUAACUUACUAAUAUCUUGGAUGAGAAAUGAAAAACAAUCGCCCACCGUGGGGCUCGAACCCACGACCACAAGGUUAAGAGCCUUGCGCUCUACCAACUGA